CUCUAAGAUGAAGCCUCCAUCUGGGCAAGGCAUAAGUCUGGCAUACCUCCUUCUGAAUUCAGCUUCCCUCUGCCUUCCCACCCCACUCUGGAAGGACCGGGACUCCCUAAUGGAAGAGGAGAAAGCCCGUCACAUGGGUGGCAAUUUGGUGCUGAGUAGACAGGAACAGCAGCUCAGUACAAAUCUUGUAAACCUCAAGAAGAAGGAGGUUGCAAGAGCCAUAACUACAGGACAGUUUCCUCCAAGCAUGCAUUUCUUCCGGGCAAAAGGCCUCAUUGAUCAGAGCACGGUGUUCAGCAUCGUAAAGCGCAUGCCGAAAGGUGCUGUCUUACACCUGCACGACUACGCCAUCCUGAGUGUGGACUGGCUGGUGUACAAUGCCACCUACCUCCCCGACUGUUACAUCUGCUUUACCCACACGGGCACCGUUCGGUUUCGCUUUUCCAAGCCUCACCCUCCUCACCGAGUGCCAGCCCAGUGCUCCCAGUGGGUUUUGCUGGAGACUUACCGGAAACAGCUGCAUAACGUGACUGAGUUUGAUAGCAGCUUGCUGAGAAACUUGACCCUGGUAACAGAUGCCCCUGAGCUGGCGUACCCUUCUCAGACUUCCAUUUGGAAAAGAUUUGAAGAAGUCUUUCUCGUUGCCUCUGGACUUAUCUGCUAUGCACCUGUGUUCAAGGCCUAUUUCUACCAGGGGCUGCUGGAGCUUUAUGAAGAUAACGUGCAGUAUGUUGAGAUAAGAGCUCUCCUGCCUCCGGUGUAUGAACUGGAUGGCACGCAGCACAAUAAAUCAUGGUCUGUGUCAACCUAUCAGGAAGUGACCAGGCAGUUUGUGAAGGAACACCCUGACUUUCUGGGAGCCAAGAUCAUAUUUACAGCACACAGGAUGCUGAAUGUUUCCCAGAUUAAAGAAGCCAUCGUCACUGCCAUGGCACUCAGAGACAACUUUCCAGACACCCUGGCAGGCUUCGACCUGGUUGGCGAUGAGGAUGAAGGUCACUCUUUAUGGGACCUGAAGGAUGCCCUGACCAUCCCAUACUCCCUGGGGGUCAACUUGCCAUACUUUUUCCACGCUGGGGAGACUGACUGGCAGGGCACCUCUGUAGACAAUAAUGUGCUGGAUGCAUUGCUAUUGAAUACCAGCCGGAUUGGCCACGGACUUGCCCUCAUUAAACACCCAGUAGCCAAAAAUCUAUCUCUGAAGAGGGAUAUUCCCGUGGAAGUCUGUCCCAUCUCCAACCAGGUCCUGCUGUUGGUCUCUGACUUACGGAUCCACCCUGCAGCUAACCUGAUGGCUGAAGGGCACCCCAUUGUGGUCAGCCCCGAUGAUCCCCCUAUCUUUGGGGCAAAGGGAGUCUCCUAUGACUUCUAUGAGGUGUUCAUGGCCAUUGGAGGGAUGAACGCUGACCUGAGGACCUUAAAACAACUUGCACUCAACUCCAUAAAAUACAGUGCCAUGCUACCGGAUGAGAAAGCCAAGGCCAAAGAGGUCUGGCAGAAAAAAUGGGACCAAUUUGUGGCUGACCUCUCUGAUAGCUUUUUGAGGGAGCUGUAGAAAGGAGGAGAGUCAUCUCAGAAGGCAUUUGGCAAGCUAGAGCGAGCCAGACUUACUGCUAUGAGGGAGACUGCUUCUUCCAUGUGACCUGAGCAGAUGAACGAAUCUCAAAGUUUCACCUGGCAAUGAGUGAUUCUGAUAAGCUAGGCUUAAUGGGCUUAAUGCUAAGAAUGAGCUGCACUAUCCUCUGAAAGUCAUGGACCGGAGGUAAAAGGGAGCAGUGAGCCUUUAUGGCAACAACAGAUGAACACUCCGCUCGGAAUAGUCAAAACAAUUAAAAAUUGCCAGUGACCAAA